AAUCAUAGUAACUAUUAAACAAAAUAAAUCGAUUCCCAUAGUUACUAUUUGUUACUAAGAUAUGUAAUUACUUAAAAUGUUAUCAUCUUCUCUCUCUCUCUCUACAUUGUCCAAUUUAUAGACUAUAAAGUUAAUAUAAAAACUGAUCUAUUAUAAUUCAUUUGAUUGAAUUCAUCCGUGUAAUCAUACUGAUUAAAGAGAUAAUCAUGGUUAAAUUAAAUUCUAAUUUAUUCCUAUGGAUUAUAUUAUUAUUAUUCUUUUAUUCAUUACAAUUAUUCAAUGAAAUAUCUACUCAAUCUAUUAAUAAAGAUGCAUAUACUUGUCCAUAUUUAUGGAUGCAUUGGAAACAAAGGCGUACAUUUGGUUGGAUAUGCGGUUCAGUAUCAUAUUUACAAACAAAAGUUCCAGGUGUAAAAUUUGAAAAUGAUUGUUGUCCAGGUUAUGAAAAAACUGAAUUAUUAGAUAAUAAAUGUGCUUUUAUUGAUCGUUCAUGGCAAACUAUUAUUGAUCAAUUAAGAGAUCAAAAAAGUUUACAAAUAGCUCAAACAUUAACUAAUGGUAAUAAUUUACAAGAUUUAUCAUCGAAUUCAACUAAGAAUGUUUAUACCGUUUUUGUACCACAACAUGAUGAUGAUAUUACAUUGAAAGAAUUGGAUUAUAUCAGUGAUACCAAUGCUGUAGGCGCAAUGGUCUCUCCUGGUCGAUGGUAUUCAAAAGAAUUUCAUAAUGGUCAAAAAAUUCCAACCACUAAAGGUACUAAUAUAAAAGUGACAACUUAUUCUAAUGGAUUAACUUUCUUGGAUUGUAAAGCGUUACUAAGUCCAGAUCAUGAAGCAUCAAAUGGUUUAAUUCAUCGAAUCGAUGGAGCUCUUCCACCUACUUAUAAAUAUCCAACAGUUUUGAAACGUCUAAUUGCUGAACCAGAUCUAUCAUCAUUUGUUCAAAGUUUACCACAAGAUAUAAAAAGAAAAUUAGAUGAACCAGAUUCAAUUGAAUGGUAUACAGUAUUUGCAGUACCAAAUAAUAUUUGGAAUAGAAUAACAUCAGGAAUUGUUUCAACAGAACUCAAAGAAGCUUUAGCACGACAACAUGUCAUGAAUAAAAUGCUUUGUUCAGAUGCAAUUGUUAAAAAUACUAAACGUGUUGGUCCAACAUUAGCUGAAACUUAUAUUGGUAUUGAAAGAAAUUCUAAUGGGAAUUUAAUUAUGAAUGAUAUAUGCAAUAAACAAAUACCUAUUCAACGUACUGAUUUAAUGUCUGGUACUGGAGUUAUACACAUCAUUGAAAAUUCAAUAAGUAGUUUAGAAUCAAUGAAGUUAAAUGAAGCUCUUGAAUGCUUAGAAAAUAAUCCCUCACUUAAUGUGAAACAAGCUGCCAGUGAAAUGCGUAAAUGUCAAAUAGAUCUUGGAGGUGGUCGUGAUAAUGUCAUACUUUUAUCGAAUGAUGGAGCUUUUCAAUCUAAAUUCUACAAAGAGAAUAUAAGACAACUACAAUUAGAUAAAUGUAAAUUAUAUUCACAUCAUUUAUUAAAAAUAAAAAAUCCUCAAAAUGUUGACGUAUAUAAAACUGGUUUUAAUCAAGAACAAGAAUUUACAACCCAAUAUACAGCAUUAGAUGAUUCAAAGUAUUCUGUUUAUAGUAGAUAUAUUAAAACAAGACAUGGUACAAAAUUAACAUUUAAUCAUGCUGAAGCAACUGACUUACAUCCAAUAAAGUUUCAUGAUGGCGUUAUCCAUAUUGUAAAACAAGUAAAUUUACCACCACAAGGUGAUAUCUCUUCUUUGAUUCAACAAAAAUCAAAUACAAAGGAAAUUUCAACAAAAUUUCUUUCAACUAAUUUUCAUCAACAAUUAAUUCCAUAUUCACCGAAUAUUCUAUUCUUGGCACCAAUUGAUGCAGGAUGGAAAACAAGAGAUUUAGAAAAUUCUUAUUCCAUUGAACAAACUCGUAAACUUUUACAAUUGCAUACUAUUCCACAUGGAUUUUUCGGCAGUGAUGAUGGUUUUAUUGAACGUGGUAGUGUACUUGUAGUUGAAUCACUUUUAACUAAUUUACAAGGUGAAAAAGUAGAAUUAUUCAUUAAACGUACACCAGAUGGUAAUACAUUUGUUGGUCAUAAAGAUCUUAAAGAAGAAUUAUGGUCUAUGGUGAUUGAUUGGAAUAAAGUUGGACAGAAUGGUAUUGUUUGGUUUAUUGAUUGGCCAAUGAAAUGUCCAGAACAAUUAUGUUAACAAUGUUUAAUCAAUAUUUUAAUGAAUUUUAACUUUAAUGAUAAACAACUAUUAGUCUAUUGUUUAUUGAUCCAUUAUGUUUUGUUAUAGUAAAUGAUUGUUUAUUUAGUGUUAAAUCUUUUUCAAUAGUGAAAUAUAAAACUUUUGUUUUAUG